CAGUAUCAGACUGCAACUACUUACACACCAGAGUCUGAGCAGUCACACGGCAGCUCGACACCUGAUUCCAGUGAAAAUUCUUGUCGAAAUACCAUGCAAAACUGGUUGCGUUUGUUAACGCCUCGAGUAGAAACAAACCUUUAUUGAUUCCAGUGUAUUCUAUUUAGUACCAAGCUCAUGUGAUGAUUGAAAGCAAGACGCCAUAAAGCAAAACCAAUGGAAGAAGAAAACAUGUCGAAAAUAUUAGAUGUCGAUAUCAAGAUGAACAACCCGAAGCAGGCCCCCGCACCGAAACAUUGUUGCGGGACGCAGGAGCAGAAUCCGCAUCUGAACACGAAGAAGAAAGUUUCCAAGAAGGCACGUAGAAGCAAAAAGGUCGCCUCCAAAAGGAGCACGGAGAGCAGUGUAGUUCUUUCUAUCAAAGAGAAGAAAGGUGCGAAAGGAAAAAUAAACUUGCAAAAUGACGGGAAACGUCGGGGAGCCUGGAGGGUCGUGGAGAAACAUCUUCUACUCGGGUCCUCGGAGAGUACCGCUGAUCAUUCCCCUGGGCGGGGCGACCUGUUUUACAGCGACCCCACACGGACCACCGGCGCAAAGAACCCAGGCGACUUAUCAAAGUGAAAAAAGUUGUCCCCACGACGACCCCAUAGAAUAAUUCAAAAGACCACGGCUUGUGCUGCUGGAUCUGUGUACACAAAUGAACUACAACUAUGUGUUUUUGCAGGACGAAGGGCUUGAUGUCGGCAUAUACUUAAUUCUGAGCCCGUUUGGGUUUGGGAGGUACUAUGCAUCCGGCUGGCAGAUCUUCAGCAUAAGAGACAAGUCUGCCGGUGGUGAAAUAAACGCAUGACAGAGGACUCGCUGUGCAUCAAUGCGCUACAUGAGAAGUGCCGUUUGCCUUACUAAAUACGCAAAACAAAGCAGCAUCACAAAGCUCGCUUCCGAGUAUGGUGUGGGAGGGAUUUUUCCGCACAAUACGGCUUUCCAGAAAUCUAUCAAAUGUAAAAAUGUCUGGGUCUGGAAGAUUGGAACUUGUGAUGCUGCAUUUGGAUUCCAGAAAAAUCUGUAUUGCAUGAGUACCAAAAGGAAUGUAAUUGUUGCUACGCGGAGACGGCAUCUGUCAUGCGGAAUAGGCAUCAAGAAGCUCUCAAAAAAUCUGUGAUGCUAGAGCAUGCAUCACAGACAUCAGGGCUCAUGCAAAACGUGCAUGACAAGUGUCAGAAUCUUCCAGACCCAGACAUUUUUCCAGUUGAUAAAAUCAUCGGCGUGCGGCGGCCACGGGGGAUGACGGCGAAUUUGGUUUGCGAGCACCAGGUGUGCAAUGCAAAGACGUUUGGGUUCUUUGGAUGAGUGCAGGAGUUUGUCAUGCAUCUUUUGGAACACGCAGAGAGACACUCUGGAAUGCACACACAAGAAUUUACAAGUUUUGCUCAGGAGGUCUCGUCAUGCCUGUCCCACAUGAGGAACUGACUACUUGUGUACUAGACCUAAAAUGGAUAUAGUACUUUUGGUGCUCGUCAUGCAACACAAGUUCUCGUGUGAUCGAGAGUCGGCACGACAACGUUCAAUCAACGGCUAUUUGCAAUGCAUAUCAGGAGGACGCGAGGCAGCUGUACGAGGAGAUUUUUGUGCGGGAGAUCUACACUAUCCUGUGCAAAAGUAUCGUACUCGUAGUAAUCGCAGUUAUGCAUUACAAAUUUCUUUCUCAAGUCAAAUCCGCAAUACAAAUUUUAUUUCUCAUGCUGAGGAAAUUUGUCAUGUGAUUUAUACUAGUACGAUGCUUUUGCAGUUCAUAUACACCAACCCGGAGCAACAGACCGCGCGGUACCCCCAGUUCUUGCUGGGAAAGCAGAAGCCGCCCAAAUACGACCCAUGCCGGUCUUCCUGCAAAAGGGUGGACUGGUACCAGGAACAAAUCACCCCGGACGUCUGUUUUGACAACACCCUGCCGCGCUCCCAGGAGGAUGCGUGGUGGGCCGAGCGGUUUGAGCAAAAGUUUGACGAACCGCUCCGUUUGAGCAAGAAUCUCCUACGACCUCAUCCGGAGGUCGGGACGGUAGUCGACGUGGGCGCGCACAUUGGUUUGUUCACCGUCUGGGCUGCUACGUAUCUGCGGGCGAACAAAGUGAUCGCCAUCGAGCCCGUGCCGAUCAACGUGCAGGCGCUGGAGGAGAACGUCAAGCGUCUGGAGCCGCAACUUGCGGAGAAGGUGCGGCUAUGAACUGCAAAAGUGUCGUACUCGUACUUCUAAUUGCGUUUAUGCAUUACAUAAGGCAAAUCCGCAUUACAAACAUAAUUUGUAAUGUUAAGUCAAUUUAUAAUGCAAUGUAUACUAGUACGAUCACGAUGCUUUUGCUUUUGCAAUGCAUAGCGGGUGCUCCCGUUUCAGGCGGUGGGUGGGAAAAAAACGGAGAAACUCACACUGUACUGGCCGGAGGAGAAACCCUCGGAGGCCACGCGACACCCAAGGGAACAGGCGGAGAUCGCCUUAUCAAAUGCAAAAAUGUCUGGGUCUGGAAGGUUGGAACUUGUGAUGCGGAUGAUGGAAUUGGCAAAAAUUUGUAUUGCGUGAUGGUCAAAAGCUGCUUAUUUCGUGCUACGCAAAUUGGGAAUUUCUUUUUCUCAUGCAGGAUAGGCAUCAGAAGGCCUGCGCAAAACCUGUAAUGCUUUUGCGUGCAUUACAGACCAUUUGCAUAAUCCAAAGGAUGCAUGACAAGAAACAAGGGUCUUCUUCCAGAGCCAGACAUUUUUGCAUGUGAUACGCCUCUGAGACGGAACUGGAGCGGCAGCGGUACUACGGAGAGGAGACGGAAAGAACGUCAUUCGGGGUGGUCGCCCAGGAAAAAGAAGAUGAUCUUGUGGCUGGUAUAGUACGUCAUGAUUAUGUGUGAUUUCGAUUUGAGGAUACAACACAGACGAGAUGAUGGUAUAUCCUUUUUGUUUCGCCGCGCUAGCGGAAUUCUUCUUCUUCGCCAUGUCGAAAUAUAUACGAACAGGGAUGUCGAUCAUACCACAUGAUGAGUAUGAGAGUGCACCACAUAGCUGCCCCUCGUUCUCAUUUCUCAUCGUGCAAACCACCAGCAGCUCCAGACUGUCCCUCCUGUCACUAUUAUGCAUGACGAGCUCUGGUAGCCCAAAUAGCACGACACUGCAGUGUAAAUUUGUCAUGCAGAGCCGGCAUUCUCUUUCUUGUUGAUGCUUGUAUUGCCGUUCAUGCGUACACAAAUGAGGGGGAGGGGGAGUUGUGCACUGUCAUAGUGAGGAAAAGGACGAGGCGGACCUAGUUAUCCCGUGUAAAACCGACCCCACCUCGACCUCCCCAGAAUUUAUCCAGAGUUGUAAUGCCAAUCUGCAUGCUCAAAAGGUUUCUCAUGCGGAGACCCAUGUGAAGUGCUAUUUUCUAGUUGUCUUUUGAGAUUUGUGAUGCUAAUAAUGCACUAGAUCCACUGUGAUUCUGCUGCACUAGCUGAGCAGAACGCGACUAGAUUGCGUGCCCAAUAAAUUUGUCGUGCGCAGCAACGACCAAUGCUUGGUGAUAUGUCUAGCACCAGAUUUUCCAUCUUGACUCUGAGGUGGGGACGACGUGUUCUUUGCUGACAAUACUGAAGAUCCCGGGGAAGAAAAUGGACAGCCUGUGCACGAUCUCCACGACGCUGAGUCAUUUGCUGGAGGAACAGAAGAUCACAGAUGUCAUUAUGACCUGCUCAAACGUUACAAUCUCAAGCGUUACAAUAGAAUCUGAGAUUUGUCUUGCAUGAUGAACAUGACAGACUCGGACAGCAUUCCACUUUCUGCAAUACAAACCUCGCCAGAUUGUAGUGCGGAUUGGGACUCCAGAACUUGUCAUGCGCAAUCCUAUGAGAGUUGGCUGGAUCAUGCAAUCUUGCAUCACAGAUUUCGAUAUUCUAUUGUAACGUUUGAGAUUGUAACACCUGAGCGGGUUAUAGUCAUCGAUCUGCUGAAAAUCGAUGUAGAGGGCGACGUAUGAAAUGCAAAAAUGUCUGGGUCUGGAAGAAUGCAACUUGUGAUGCUGUAUUUGGAUUCCAAAAAAAUCUGUAUUGCAUGAGUAGCAAAUAACGGAAUGCAAUUUUUGCUACGCUGAGAAGGCAUUUGUCAUGCGGAAUAGGCAUCAAAAAGCCCUCAAAAAAUCUGUACUGCUAGGGUAUGCAUCACAGACAUCAUGGCUCAUGCAAAAUGUGCAUGACAAGUGUCAGAAUCUUCCAGACCCAGACAUUUUUCCAGUUGAUACGACGAGCUCGCGGUGCUGCAGGGGGCACCCUUGAAGCGGGUAAACAAUGUGGUGAUGGAAGUGUUUGAUACCGAGUUUACGGGGGAGAUCCGUCACUGCUCCCCGGACACGCGAAUGCCGAGUAUGGCGUUCUCAAACGUUACAUUCUCAACCGUUACAUGAAUCUGUAAUGCAAGAACGGCAAAAGUGAAAGCAAAGGGGGAAGAUUGCGCCUCUUGCAUUACAGAUUUGGCACAGAUUUAGAUGCUGUUUAGCCCUUCGGAGAUUUGUCAUGCGAAGCAGCUUAAUCGUGGCGAUCUUGGUGCUAAAUUUGCAUGACAAAUCAUGUAACAGUUGAGAAUGUAACAAUUGAGAACCCCAUACCGAGGAUCGUUGCCUUGCUCAACCGCAACGGGUUCCGCGUCCGCUGGUGGCGGUACAAGGUCGGUUCGGUGCGGGAAGGGUACCUCUUGGUGGUGCCGAAAACCGCCGGACUCUGGAUCCUGCAAGCCAGUCGAAGUCGUCCUGUGUGAUUGGAGGAGGACCGUCCAUCAAAUAUACCGUAUUUUUGAGAAGCAGCAGUAUGGGAUGGACUCUACCAUUCAACUUCAAAAACAUUCAAAAAACUUGGUUUUAAUAGAGAUUAGGUUUGUUUUGCGGCGCAUUCGUCCCGGAUUCCGCGACCUGAACUUGAUCCUCCACCGUCAUCGUUUUGGAAGCCGUUAUAUAUUCAUGCUAAAUAGCUAGCUUUAAAUGAAGAUCCCAAUUUGAGCUAGAUAAUGAGGGUGAAACGCAACGCAAUUUAUCAGGUAUUAUGAUUGAAAUUCUUAUAUAAGUGCAGGAGUUCGUCCGCCAAUUGGAUCCACUUAUCACCGCCACGCACUGCUCUUGGGGCCCCGUGAGAGAUUUGCUGGUAUAGAGGUCGCGAUACCGUCGCGCGUCGGCACUUUCUUGAAGAGGAGUAUCCGACUAUUUUUGGUUUUUGACUCAUUUUUGUCCACCAUAGCAUCGAGAAGUAGCGAAAUCUGACCAAAACCAUUCAAAUGAGGUAUUUUUAAGGUCCCGGAUGAGGGUAUUUUAUACCUCAUCCGGAACACGGAAACAGUUCGUGGAGAGGUGAAUUCUAUACCUCAUCAAUAGACCUCAUCCAAUGAGGUACCCGGAUACGCAAUCACGACGGUAUGCUGAAUUUCUACUAAAAAUCUGCCAUACCAUGCGGAUUGGGAAAAGCGCAAUACUUUUCGCGAGCAUUCCCAGAAUUCCAUCGCUUCCGCCAUUUUCUAGGUAUUCUUCCGCCGCUUUGUCCCACAAAUUGCCACGGGGCCCCAGAAGUCCAAGAGGCGGGUCAUCAGGCAGGUCACAGGUUGGGUCCGUCAAAAAGGUGGCUGCGGUGGUCUUUGCUACUGUCCUUUAUUUCGAUGUCUUUUAAAGGGAAAACUAGCUAGCUCAAAUUGGGAUCUUCAUUUAAAGCUGGGUACUUCAUCAUCGAUAACAAACCAAGCUCACCUCCCGGCGAUGUCGCCGACAACACGACGACCCAGACGUCCAAAACUGCAUGGAUAACUGCCCUAUUUUGCUUCAGAGCCAAGUUUUUUGAAUGUUUUUGAAGUUGAAUGGUCGAGUCCAUCCCAUAAGCAGCGAUUUACUUUCCACAGGAUGAAGCCGAACUGAUUUUGAUUUUUCUACAGGUGGUGCGAUGCAAUGGAAAUCUUCACCUUGUCCUAAAGUCGCUUCUGGAACGCACGUUUUCUCAGGAGCACAGAACGAAAUAAAACUUCGUGAUUAUGCUUCCGCCCAGGGUGUGAACAUUUCCCUUUCGAGUCGACACAACUUCUAAUGCUGCUGUAUGAAGCACAUGUUGCCACAAAAAUAAUGAUACGCACACAAUUCAGUAAGCAUCAGCUAUUCUUCAGGAGCUUUUCUUUGACAGAUAGAUACAAACCGAAGGAAGUCCGUUAUCUGAUUUCACUUUGGAACAUUUGGGUAUCAGUGAUUAGAAACCGCGACUAU